AUGAGAAAGAAUUUAACUGUUAAUACAAGUCCUUCCAACAAUUCGUCAUCAUCGAAUCUUGAUGUCCCUGCUGGAACUUCACCUACUCAUUCUCCUUCACUUUUUAAAUCACAAAUGACUCGUUCCGAAUCACAAUCCUUUUUGACUAUAUCUGCUACAAAUGAAGGAGAGAUUGUGAGUACAAACUUUAAUGUUCAACCUUUUGGAGCAACUGUUGCUUGGGUUGUUUAUGGAUUGGUUAUAGCUUUGGCUUAUUGGGCAAUUCACUUUGCUCUUGUAUUAUAUGGAAAAGCCUUCGGAGACUUGCAAGAUACUACAAGAAAAGUAUACACUUGGACUAUUUUGAAUCUUCUUCACUCUUUGAUUACUUUUGUUCUUUUCCAUUGGAAGAAGGGUUCUCCAUAUGAUUACUCGAUGGGCUACAAUGACCACAGUAGAUUAACAUUGUGGGAACAAUUGGAUGAUCAAAAACAAUUCACACCAACACGUAAAUUCAUGUUUGUUGUGCCUUGUGUGUUGUUAUUGCUCACUUCCUACUUUGUCGGAGAUAAUAUGCUCUUGCUCUUUGUCAAUGUGGUAGCUACCGUUGUUGUUGUCUUGGCUAAAUUGCCAAGUUUCCACAAGAGGAGAAUUUUCGGAAUUAACAAGUAA